CCAACGAAGAAACGAAAGUAGUAGUUAAGAAGUGUUCAAAAAUGGCACUGAACGAUUUCUUCGCCGGAGAAAUUGCCACAGAGCUUAUAAAAAUGCUCAUAAACAUAUCUAGAAAAUCUCUUCUAUGCAGAACAAGCGCAGAACAACUCAUAUCAUACAUCAAUGAACUCCUCCCUACCAUACAAGAAAUCAAAUACUCCGGCAAUGAGUUACCGGAGCAAAGACAGUUUCAGCUCGACCGUUUCUCAGAGAUUCUCCGUUCAGGGGUCGAGCUUUCUCACAAAGUCUUGGCUUCUAGCAGGUGGAACGUGUACAAGAAUUUACAGCUUGCAAAGAAGAUGGAGAAGCUUGAAAAGAACGUGUCAAGAUUUUUGCAUGGUCCCAUGCAGGCUCAUAUAUUAGCUGACGUGCACCACACAAGGUAUGAGAUGGCAGAAGGGUUCGAUCGGGUUGAUAGGAAGUUGGAGAAGUAUUUUGGUGAGAUGAAGAUUGGCGUGGGAGGUGGAGGGUGGGUGCAGGAAGCUGUGAGGUCUUGUAUGGAGGAAGAUGAGAAUUGGGUUGAGGGUAAUUAUGGGAAUUUGAGUUUGAGUGUUGGUUUGGAUUUGGGGAAGAAGAAAGUUAAGGAGAUGGUUAUGGGAAGAGAGGAUUUAUGGGUUGUUGGUAUUCAUGGGAUUGGUGGAUCUGGGAAAACAACUCUUGUUAAAGAGAUUUGUAAAGAUGAACAAGUGAGAUGCUAUUUUAAUGAGAAAAUCUUGUUUCUUACUGUUUCACAAUCUCCAAAUGUGGAGCAGCUCAGGUCAAAAAUUUGGGGACACAUAAUGGGAAACAGAAAUUUGAAUCCAAAUUAUGUUGUUCCUCGGUGGAUACCACAAUUUGAAUGCAGAAGUGAAGCUAGAACCUUGGUUGUUCUAGAUGAUGUUUGGUCACAAGCAGUUCUUGAACAGCUUGUGUGUAGAAUACCAGGUUGCAAGUUUGUUGUUGUUUCCAGGUUCCAAUUCCCAACAAUAUUCUCUGCAACUUAUAAGGUUGAAUUGCUCAGUGAAGAGGAUGCUCUGUCAUUAUUCUGUCACCAUGCUUUUGGACAGAAAUCAAUCCCUUUAACAGCUAAUGAGAAUUUGGUCAAACAGGUUGUGAGUGAGUGUGAAAAUCUUCCAUUAGCUCUUAAAGUGAUUGGAGCUUCAUUGAGAGAUCAACCUGAAAUGUUUUGGGCAAGUGUUAAAAACAGGUUAUCUCAAGGCCAAAGUAUUGGAGAAUCUCAUGAAAUCAACCUAAUUGAAAGAAUGGCAAUAAGUAUCAACUACCUAAAGGAAGAUAUCAAAGAGUGCUUCUUAGACUUGUGUGCAUUCCCUGAGGACAAAAAAAUCCCUCUAGAUGCUCUCAUCAAUAUGUGGGUUGAAAUUCAUGACAUUGAUGAGAAAGAUGCUUUUGCUAUUGUUGUUGAGCUCUCCAAUAAAAAUCUUCUCACCUUGGUGAAAGAAGCGCGUGCUGGUGGCAUGUACAGCAGUUGCUUUGAGAUCUCUGUUACUCAACAUGAUGUGCUUAGAGACCUUGCAGUUAAUUUGAGUAAUCGCGAAAGUAUUAAUGAACGACGACGAUUAGUUAUGCCAAAACGAGAGAAAGGACUCCCAAAAGAAUGGCUGAGAAACAAACAUAAACCAUUUGAAGCUCAAAUUGUUUCGAUUCACACAGGUGAAAUGAAGGAAAGGGAUUGGUGUAAACUUGAAUUUCCUAAGGCUGAAGUUCUGAUCAUAAAUUUCACAUCUAAGGACUACUUUUUACCUCCUUUCAUAGAUAAAAUGCCAAAUUUGAGAGCUCUAAUAGUAAUAAACUAUAGUGCAUCAUAUACAUGCCUUCACAAUGUUUCAGUUUUCAACAAUUUGGCCAACUUGAGAAGCCUGUGGCUUGAAAAAGUUUCCAUCCCUCAAUUUGGAGGCAUUCUCAUGGAAAACUUAGGCAAGUUAUUUAUAGUUUCAUGUAAGAUUAAUAACAAUCUAGAGGGUAAAGAGGUAAAUCUGUCUCAAAUCUUUCCUAACCUCUCUGAGAUCACUCUUGAUCAUUGUGAUGAUGUAACUUCUUUACCCUCAAGCAUUUGUAGGAUACAAUCACUCCAAAACUUGAGUCUCACCGAAUGUCACAAUUUGGAACAACUUCCUGUUGAAUUAGGCGCGCUAAGAUCUCUAGAGAUACUCCGGUUAUACGCGUGUCCGGUAUUAAAAACACUUCCUCCUAGCGUCUGUGACAUGACUCGACUGAAGUAUAUCGAUGUUUCACAAUGUGUUAACUUUUCAUGUUUCCCUGAAGAGAUUGGUAAACUAGUUAGCUUGGAAAAGAUUGACAUGAGGGAAUGCUGUAUGAUUAAGAAAGUACCAAAAUCUGCUAGUUCAUUGAAGUCUCUUAGGCUUGUAAUUUGUGAUGAGGAAGUGUUUGGUAUGUGGAAAGAUGUUGAGAAGGCCAAGCCAAAUGUUCAUAUUCAAGUAUCAGAACAGUGUUUUGAUUUGGAAUGGCUGAGUGAGUGAUUGGUGUUUAUGUUAUUGUGAUGUUUGCACUUUGCACCAUAAUUCUUGUUCAUAAUUGAGGCAUAAAGCCAAGUACUUUGAUUUGUAAAUACUUGUUCAUAAUUGUAUUUAAUGGAAAUUAUCUUCUUCAUAAGCUAA